AUGAAACAAGAAGAAAUAAAGUUGGAGAAAACUUCAAAAAAAAUUAAGAGUGUAGUGAUUGAAUUAUCUGAUAAAUUAAAUCAACAGGAAUUGCUUAUUGAAAGCAUUGAAAAUGAAACGCGCAAAAAUUCAGGCCUUAUGUUCCAGAACCUACAAAAUUUUCAGAAACUUUUAGAUUCCAUGAACAGAGAUCCUAGAAACAAAAUAAUUUUUUUUCUGUUAAUAACAGCAGUAAUUUUAGUGUUUUAUUUAUUAUACUAA